AUGUUCCCCAUUCCUCCUGAUGUAACACAGGUAAAGUUAUUCCUGAGGUUAGCAGGUUUUUAUAGACCGUUCAUUAAGGAUUAUGGGAGGAUCGCUGCACCGCUGACACAUCUCCUGAAGAAAGAUGUCCCCUGGCGCUGGGACGCGUCGAAUGUUGGGCUAGGGGCUGUUUUAAUGCAGGAAUAUAAAGGGAAUCUGCGUCCUAUCGGGUUUGCUAGUAGGGUUCUCACCAGUGCAGAGAAGAAUUACUCAGUCACCGAUAGGGAAAUGUUAGCGAUUGUUUGGGCUCUUAAGUACUUCAGGGAUAUUAUACUGGGGUACAAGGUCAUGGUUCACACGGACCAUAUGCCGCUCACGUCGCUUAAUGGCAAUGAUCCUUAUGGUCGUAGGGCACGUUACCAGGAUAUCCUGGGCGAAUUCGAUGUGACCUUUGUGUAUAUUCAAGGCCGCGCAAAUGUCGCCGCCGACACGUCACGCGCGCCAAUCGAAUCCUCGCAAUCUUUGAGGCGGGACGGCGCUGCCGAUUUCCCCCCUUCAUUUAGUUUGCCUUCGUCAGCGAUUGUGAAUAGUGCUUCACAGGUUCCUCCCUUGGAACCGCUAAUUAAAGACGAGGUAUAUGCUGCCCAGCGUGCCGACGAAAGAUACGGCCAGAUCAUUGAUGCCUUAUCCGAGGGCACGGCAGUGCCGAAGUUUAAAGGGUUGCCGGUGUCAUGUGACACUUUGUCGGGGUUCACCACAGCGGUUCCAUCAAAGGCUGCUGUGCACGUCACGAAAGCAUUUCAUGACGUAAUUUGUUGCCGCCACGGCUGUCCACAAUAUUCAAGCUCGGAUAACGGUACCGAGUUUGUAAAUCAGGUGUUAGCCAGUCUGACACAGCAGCUAAAUGUGACACAGUUGGUGGACGACAGCAAGUACGAUUGGAACGUUCUUCUCCCCACCGUCCAGUCGGCCAUAAAUUCUACUUAUCACUCUUCACUGGGCGAUAGCCCACACUUUCUUCUUACGGGGCAAGACAAGCGAUUGCCAUACGAACUCCUGGAGAUGAAGCCGCGUCCCCUCUAUGCAGAUAACUAUGCCGAUUAUUUGGUUUCUCGGCAGCAGCGCGCGUUUCAGCAAGCAAAGGUGUUCCUGACCAGGUCACGUGACAGAAUAAUUGAGUACCAGCAUAAGAUCGCUCGUGCAAAGACUAUCGGGGUUGGUUCAUUGGUAUUUAGGAAAGCUCAUGUUCAUGGUACUAUUCGGCCUAAGCUUAGUCCGUUAUUUGUGGGUCCCUACAGAGUUUUAGCAGUAAAGAACAACAAGGCAGAGUGCAAGUCUGUCGCUGAUGGCUCUGUCCAGUGGUUCCAUUUUGACAUCUUGAAGCUGACUGAUCAGUAUUAUCAGUGCCAGGAAUCAUAG